AUGGACCAAGACACCAGGCCUCUGGCCUCUCUUUCCCUCACACAUGUCUACUAUGACCCCGAAGACCCUCUCUCCUUCCUCUGCGCAUGGCUUGCCCUGCUCCCGCAAGCCCUCUGCAUCGUCUACGCGACUCUGAUAUGGUCGACCCGCGAGGUCGAGAUCGCCCUCAUGUUCGCCGGCCAGCUCGGAUGCGAAGCCCUGAACUUCGCCCUCAAGCGCCUGAUCAAGGAAGAGCGGCCCCGCCGUAUUCACGGCAAGGGCUACGGCAUGCCGAGCUCCCACGCACAGUUCGUCGCCUACUGGUCCGUCUUCCUCGUCCUGUUCCUGCUCGUCAGGCAUAGGCCGUCCCCUGCGCGGAGACACCACCGGCCGUAUUCGCUCGUCGAGCGCGUCGUCGUCAGCGUUGCGGCUCUGGUGAUUGCGGCCUCCGUUGCGUGGAGCCGCGUGUACCUUGAUUACCACACGGUGAGGCAGGUCUUGGUCGGAUGUCUUGCCGGUGCGGUGAGCGCUGUGGGCUGGUUCAUGGUCACGGCCUUCGCUAGGGAUUUUGGAUUGUUGGCUUGGGGCCUGCAACUACCCAUUGCGCGACUUUUCAGGUUCCGGGAUCUGGUGGUUGAAGAGGAUCCGUGCCAGGCUGGAUGGGACAAGUGGGAAGAGAGGAGAGUGGAGAGUGAGAAACGGAAGAGUAAAUAA